AUGGAAAGAGAAGUUUUUCAAGAUGAUGUUAUUUAUGAAAUUUUAUCGUUCUAUGGUGACGAUUUUAAAUUUCUUGUCAUGAAUUGUGCAUUAGUUUCUAAACAAUGGUACAAUGUCAUUCUAUCAACAUGUCAUAAUAUGACUGUUAAAUGUCAUUCCAAUGAUGUAAAUGGUCAAUUUUUACAAAAUAUUGCAAAUCUUGAGAUUAAAGUACUAUCAAAUAUUUACAAAAAAUUAAUAUUGAUGAAAUCAGUAACUAAUCUUUGUAUUCCUUACGUUGUUGGAGUUAAAAUUGAUUCCGAAUCAGUUACAUAUAUUGGUCAAUUGAAACAAUUGACUAGUCUUGAAAUUCAAGGAAUGGAUAUUGAUGAUGAACAUGUUGAAAGCAUGGCUGAAUUGAAACAAUUAACAAGUCUUUACAUUUCUGGUAAUUAUAUUGGUUCCGAAGGAGUUAAAAUUAUCAGUGAAUCAUUUAACAAAUUAACAAAGCUUAAUAUUUCUGCUAAUUAUAUUGACAAUGUAGGCGCUAAAUAUAUCAGUCAAUUGAAACAAUUAACAAGUCUUGAAAUUGCCUGCAAUGAUAGUAUUGGUGAUGCAGGAAUAAUAUAUUUGAGUGGAUUGGAACAUUUAACAAAUCUUGAUAUUUCUCGUAUUAAGAUAGGUAGUGGAGGAGCUCAAUAUAUUGGUAAAUUUGAGCAGUUGACAUGCCUUAAUAUUAAUACAUGUAGUAUUGACGAUAAAGUACUUCAAUCAAUAAGUCAAUUGAAAAAAUUGAUAGUUCUUCACAUUAGUGAAAAUGAAAUUAGUAUUGAGGGAGCUAAAUAUAUUAGCAAAUUGAACCAAUUGACAAGUCUUUAUAUCUCUGAAAGUGGUAUUAGAUCUGAACAAGCUAGAUAUAUCAGUGAAUUGAAACAAUUAACAUAUCUUGAUGUUACUAAAAACUAUGUUCGUGAAGAAGGUGCUAAAUAUAUUAGAAAUAUGAAAAAAUUAACUACUCUACUUGUUUCUGAGAAUUACGUUUGUGAACAAGGAGCUGAGUAUAUAAGCGAAAUGACACAAUUAACCAAACUUGACAUUUCUGUAAACAAUAUUAAUAAGAAAGGAGUUUUUCACAUUUGUAAAUUGAAACAAUUGACAGAACUUUCUAUUCUUGAAAGUCAUUUUGAUGGUGAAGGACUUGAAUACAUUAGCGAAUUGAAAAAUUUAACAAUUCUUAAUUUUCCUUACAGUGAAAUGAGAGGUGUAGGUGUGAAAUACAUCAGUCAAUUGAAUCAAUUGACCUGUCUCAAUAUCCCCUAUAAUCGUAUUAGUGAUGAAGGAGCUAAAUACAUUAGUGAAUUGAAACAAUUGAAGGAGCUUUCUAUUUCCGAUAAUUCUAUUAGCAGUGAAGGAGCAAAUUACCUUACUGACUUGAAAAAUUUAACUAAACUUGUGAUUACAGGAAAUAAUUUAGGUAAUGAUGGAGCUAUGCAUAUAAGUGAACUGAAAAAACUGACUAUUCUAGAUAUUUCCCAUAAUUCUAUUAGUAGUGAAGGAGCUAAACACCUUUCAGACUUGAAAAAUUUAACUGAACUUGUGAUUAAAGGAAAUAAUUUAGGUAAUGAUGGAGCUAUGUCAAUAAGUGAACUGAAACAAUUGACCCAUCUAGAUGUUUGCGAUAAUAAUAUUAGUGAUGAAGGAUUCAAGGCAAUCAGUAAAAUGAACCAAUUGACCAGACUUUCUAUUUAUGAAAAUAGUAUUUCUGGUGAAGGAGUUGAAUUCAUACGUAAAAUGACUCAAUCAACAUUUAUUGAUAUACAAUGUUGGAGCAACCAAUCCUGUCAAGAUGGUACGUUUUGA